CAGAGGUUCGGGAUCGCCCAGUGGCCGCACCGCCGCGAUGAGGCCCCGGAAAGCCUGGCUGCUCGUUCUGCUCUUAGCCCUGGCGCAGCUGCUGGCAGCGGCGAGCGCCGAGGGCCCGGAUGAAGAUUCUUCUAAGAAAGAGGAUGCCAUUGAGGAGGAAGACGAGGAGGAGGAAGAUGACGAGGACGAGGACGACGGCGAUGACUUGGAAGUUAAGGAAGAAAAUGGUGUCUCAGUCCUAAAUGAUGCGAACUUCGAUAACUUUGUGGCUGACAAAGACACGGUGCUGCUGGAGUUCUACGCUCCAUGGUGCGGGCAUUGCAAGCAGUUUGCUCCAGAAUAUGAAAAAAUCGCCACUACCUUGAGGGAGAAUGACCCUCCCAUUGCUGUCGCCAAGAUCGACGCGACCUCGGAAUCGGCGCUGGCCAGCAGGUUUGACGUGAGUGGCUAUCCCACCAUCAAGAUCCUUAAGAAGGGGCAGGCUGUCGACUACGAGGGCUCCAGGACCCAGGAAGAAAUUGUGGCCAAGGUCAAGGAGAUCUCCCAGCCCAACUGGACACCUCCACCAGAAGUCACGCUAGUGCUGACCAAAGAUAACUUCGAUGAGGUGGUGAAUGACUCAGGCAUCAUUCUGGUGGAGUUUUAUGCCCCGUGGUGUGGACACUGCAAGAAACUGGCCCCCGAGUAUGAGAAGGCCGCCAAGGAGCUGAGCAAGCACUCUCCCCCAAUCCCUCUGGCGAAGGUCGACGCCACCACAGAGACAGACCUGGCCAAGAGGUUCGACGUCUCCGGCUAUCCCACCCUGAAAAUCUUCCGCAAGGGAAAGCCCUUUGAUUACAACGGCCCACGGGAAAAAUACGGGAUCGUUGACUACAUGAUCGAGCAGUCUGGGCCGCCCUCCAAGCAGAUCCUGGCCCUGAAGCAGGUCCAGGAGUUCCUGAAGGAUGGAGACGAUGUCAUCAUCAUUGGGGUCUUUAAGGCGGAGAGCGACCCAGCCUACCAGCAGUACCAGGACGCUGCUAACCACCUGAGAGAGGAUUACAAAUUCCACCACACUUUCCACACUGAAAUAGCAAAGUUUUUGAAAGUCUCCCCGGGGAAGUUGGUCAUCAUGCAGCCUGAGAAAUUCCAGUCCAAAUAUGAGCCCAAGAGCCACGUGAUGGACAUCCAGGACUCCACGGAGAGCUCGGCCAUCAAGGAGCACGUGUUGAGGCACACACUGCCCCUUGUCGGCCACCGCAAGUCUUCCAACGAGGCCAAGCGCUACUCGCGGCGCCCCCUGGUGGUCGUGUACUACGGCGUGGACUUCAGCUUCGACUACCGUGUUGCUACUCAGUUCUGGCGGAACAAGGUCUUGGAGGUGGCCAAGGACUUCCCCGAGUACACCUUUGCCGUGGCUGACGAGGAUGACUUCGCCACGGAGGUGAAGGACCUGGGGCUGAGUGAGAGUGGGGAGGAGGUGAACGCGGCCAUCCUGGACGAGGGCGGCCACAGGUUCGCCAUGGAGCCCGACGACUUCGAUGCCGACACUCUCCGUGCCUUCGUCAGCGCCUUCAAGAAAGGAAAACUGAAGCCAGUCAUCAAAUCCCAGCCGGUGCCCAAGAACAACAAGGGGCCAGUCAAGGUCGUGGUGGGGAAGACCUUCGACUCCAUCGUGAUGGACCCUAAGAAGGACGUCCUCAUCGAGUUCUACGCGCCCUGGUGCGGGCACUGCAAGCAGCUGGAGCCCGUGUACACAGCCCUGGGCAAGAAGUACAAGGGACACAAGAAUCUGGUCAUUGCCAAGAUGGACGCCACGGCCAACGAUGUCACCAACGCCCGCUACAAAGUCGAGGGCUUCCCCACCAUCUACUUCUCCCCCAGCGGGGACAAAAAGAACCCAAUUAAAUUUGAGGACGGAAACAGAGACCUGGAGCAUUUGAGCAAGUUUAUAGAAGAACAUGCCACAGAACUGAGCAGGGCCAGGGAAGAACUUUGAAGGCCUUGAGGGUCUGCUCAGGGCAGGCGUGGCAGGGACCAGACAGCGAAGCUUCCAGCACUCGGCAUUGGAGCCUGAGCCAGCUGCAAGCCCAGUGGGCUUGCUCAAAGGCAGUCUGUCAAGGUGUUUUGGUUUGUCUUGUGUUUUAAUUUUUUAUACUUUGGUAUUUCACCUUAUGCUCUGAUACUGAAUAGAUAUGAAUGACUCAGUAGAUUAGUCCAGAAUUUUACAGAGGAUACAUCUAUUUUUAUCAUUAUUUGGGGUUUGAUUUUUUUUUUAACUUUUUCACCUUCUUUAAUAUAUUUCUUCAAAGCAGACAAGUUGAAUCUCUUCUGUGUGAAUUUUUUUCUCUGUUUUUAAUUUAAAAUUUAAGAAGCCUUUGCCAAA